CUGGGGAUCUGCCUCAAAACACAUCCAUCCUCGGAUGAUACAUUCAGCCUCAAUCGAAGAACUCCAAACAAUCUUGGAAGGCAGCCAACCUUGAAGCUCGGACCCACCUGCUAUCAAACGGGAAGACACCAUCACGUGAUGGACAAGGCUGACCGGGCAAUACAAGCCUCCCUCCCCUCUGUCACAUCCCCUCCAGAUCCCCAGAGCAUCCCCAACCUCACCCCCAAAGCGCACGAAUACAGCAGCCAAAAAUGAAUCUCCCCUCCCCCUCCCCAACAAAACACACCCUCAACACCCCCGAACUCCUCGAGCUCAUCCUCACGCAACUCGACCCGCGCACGCUCCUGACCGCCGCCCAACUAACCUGCCGCACCUGGCGCACCCUCAUCCAAACCUCCCUCCCGCUCCAAGAAGCCCUAUUCUUCCGCCCGGCCAAAGUCACCCCCACCACCGCCAGCAAAAGCACCGUGAACCCCCUCCUAGCAUGGGCCUUCCCGCCGUUCACCCCGCAUUACACCCCGUCGGAGAACGGGUGGACCUUCCCCUUCCACACGCUCGACUUCAUCGCGCGGCCCGAGAAGCAGCCUGCCUACAUGCGGCCGGAGGCCAGCUGGCGCCGCAUGCUGGUGCAGCAGCGGCCGGCUGUGCGGUCGGUGGGGCUGUUGACCUCGUGUAGCGGGAUGGCCGGGGAGGAGGUUUGUUUGGUUAGUUGGGUAUGUUCUAGUAGCACCCUACCUUUUCUUGCAUUCUAGCAUCCCUUAGCAGUCAUUGGUCCAGUACGAGGUGGAAACUCAUGACUCGCUACUCUUGUCGGAGCGGGGAGUGCUGCGAUGGAACCUUUUUUUUGAGAUACCUGGGACAGGGAAACUAACGUCCCGCAGAAAGAGCA